UCGUCUCUUUGAGCCACAAUGCGCCCCCUGCAUGACGACAACUUUAUGUCUGUACAAGUACAGUAUUAUUCGCCACAGAACUGAAAUCAGGCCGAGUGUUUGUAAACUAUGGCCGACCCUCAUGCCGUUUAGAUAUGCGACACACAUAUUCUAAGUUUAUUCUCGUAUAAAAAGGAGUAAAUGAUGGAAUUUGAAAUAACACGCUCGAGGCCUUCGCUUUUUGGUGACAUUGCUCAUGGUCUUGGGUUCUGGACCGAUCGUUCAGCGGUGCAUGAGGCCGCGGCUCAGGGCAGAGCUGUGCAGCUCCAAAAACUGAUUGAGAACGGAGCAUCGGUCAACAUUGUGGCUGUGGACUCGAUUACACCCCUGCAUGAGGCCUGUAUUCGGGGCCAGACACAUUGUGUGAAGCUUCUCCUCGAUGCUGGAGCUCAUGUUGAUGCUCGUAACAUUGACGGCAGCACUCCGUUGUGUGACGCCUGUGCUGCUGGUAGUCUGGAGUGUGUGAAGUUGCUGUUAGAACAUGGAGCCAUGGUAAAUCCUCCCCUCUUCACCUUCUCUCCCCUGCACGAGGCCUGCAUGGGUGGUAACUCUAAAUGUGUUCAGCUCAUGAUUGAUGAAGGUGCGUUGAUGGAAGCUCAUGACUGUCACUUCGGCACUCCUCUGCAUGUGGCAUGUGCAAGACAACAUCUCGACUGCGUCAAAGUUCUGCUCAACGCAGGUGCAAAUGUAAAUGCUGCUAAACUUCACGAGACCGCACUGCAUCACGCUGCCAAAGUGAAAAAUCUGGAACUAAUUGAGCUUUUGGUAGAAUCUGGGGGAAAUGUUUUCGCCCGAGACAACCUUGGAAAAAAGCCCAUUCAGUACACCAGAGCCGGCUCAGCACCCGAACUCUGCCUAGAGUUUUAUGAAUCCACUCCUCUCAGUCUUCAACAGUUAUGCAGAAUUGCUUUCAGAAAUGCCCUCGGGAAACAGGGGCUGGGAGUGUUGACUCAACUGGGUCUCCCAAACCGAAUCAUCUGUUUCCUGUCUUAUUUACCAGCUCCUCCCCUGGAGCUCUUCCAGUCCUGACGAUCUGCUCUGCUGAAUAAUGGCCACGACAAUGACAGCAUUUAAGAAAAAGGGAAAUUCCUUAUUGUGAAGUACAGCUACUGUAACAGCUGCACUCAGUAUUUGUCACGUAUAUUUGAUAUUUUCCUGCUGUCACAGAAGUGAACCAGUCCACAGAUGACAUGGACAUUUGGUAUGGAAGCAGUUUACUGCCAAAAUUCCUAGAAUAAUUGGACUUGGAAAGAAGCACCUUUCAU